UUCAUAAACUAUUUUUUAAAAGAAAGAUACUUUUCUUUACCAUUAAAAAUUAGAAAAAAGUUCUCUAUCUAAAUAUCAAUGAGAACAAACAUAAUGAAUGAAACCCGUAAACCCUUACCAGUAGCCAAAACCUCAGUGGAAGGAACUGAAUGUGAAACCAAAAGGAAAAAAAAAAAAACAAAAAAGAAAUGAAUUCACUGUACAGAGCAGUCACACAAUCAUCAAGAAAAUGCCCUCUUCGGUUCCUACUGCAAUCAUCUCACUCCAUUUCUUCUUCUUCUUCUUCUUCCAUUAGUAGUUCUGGCAGUGAUAAUAAAGUUGCGGUAUCUAAAGAAUCGUGUGAUUGGCCUAGGCCUAAAGAGAUUCCAUUCCAGGCGAAGGCUUCGAAUUCCGUGAAUUUAACUGGAUACGUAAGUGAGCCUAUUCAGUUUCAGGCUUCACCUGAUCACAGAUUCUGGGCUGCUACUGUUAUUUCUCAGCAUCAUCCUUCCUCUGAUUCUCCUCAUUUCUGGAUUCCUGUAAUAUUUGAAGGUGAUUUGGCUCGUGCUGCUGCUUCCCACCUAAAAAUAAAUGACCAUGUCCACAUAGCUGGAAAACUAAGUGCAGAUGCCCCACCUAUUGAUGUAACUCAUGGUCAAGCCCAAGUUCGGAUUAUGGUACAAAAUAUCAACUUUAUCCAAGGAUCUUUUCCAAUUAAGAAAAGCUGUGGGCAUCAGCAGAAAAUAGAAGAUUUUGUACCCGAGCAACAAGAAAAAGAGCCCUUAAAGGAUUCUGGAAUUGCAAAGGGUGAUGAAUAUGUUGAACAGUCAUGGAAGGAUCUUUUGACAUCACCCCAUGAGUGGUGGGACAUCAGAUCACAAGUAGACAAUCCAAAGGGUGCAUCAUUUGAGAGAAAGAAAAAUGGGGAAUUACUUUAUAUUGAUCACGCCACACCCAAGUGGAUCCAAGAGAAGCUAGAGGGUAUGGCAUUCGAUAAGAAAACUACAGUGGAAGGUGGAAAAGGUAGCAUGAUCAAAAAUGGUGAUUCUGUAUUGAAUUCCUGGAGAGAACUUGCCAGUGAUCCAAAACAGUGGUGGGAUUAUCGAAGUAGUAAGCUUAAUGGAUUGGUAAAUCCAAAACAUCCUGAUUUUAAACGCAAGGAUGGUGGUGUAGCUCUGUGGCUUAAUAAGGCACCAAGGUGGAUUUUGUCAGAACUUGAAAAAUUGGAGUUUGAUGUGCAAAUUCCUAAAUCAAAACAAGUGAAGCAGCAUAAAGGGGAUGCAAAUUGGACAGACUUGGUAGGUCACCCUAAUAAGUGGUGGGACAACAGAUUAAAUAAGAAAAAUGAGAGAUACCCCGACUUCAAGCACAAGGAGACUGGUGUAGGACUCUGGCUCAGUAACUCACCAACUUGGGUGCUCUCGGAGUUGCCACCCAUGAAGGGUGAUAAAAAUGCUGCUACCAGCAAUUAGAAUACGAUGCUUUCUUAAGCCAGGGAAAGAUCAUUCUGAUGAUGUUGCAUAGGACAGAUGGCUGCCUUCGGCUUCCUCUGCAUCAUUAUCUGUUUAGCAUCCGAGUUAGGAAGCUUUCAGCUUUUGAAUUGGUGACAUGGGAUGGUGCCAUAUAUAUCUAUAUAUAAGGAAUUCCUCUCCUUAUUUUAUUUUAAACUCAUUUUCCUUUCUCCGUAGAGCUCCCAAUAUGAGGAAAUUCCAUGAUUUUUUUUGUUUCAAUUGUGGUAUUAGCUUUUUUGUUCUCACGUAGAGUAUUUUUGUAGCAGAAGUAAGGUAAUUGUGCAUGAGCUUCAUUUUCAUCUUCUUCCCCUGUAACUGUAAGCUUAGUCUCAGUACAAACAGACUUGGAUUUUAAGCCCAAGCUCAAACCUGUAAUGUCUGCCGAGCCCAGUUCGGACCAACACGAUCUCUAUUAUUGGCAAUUUAUGUUUAUUGUAAAAGCA